AUGUCGACCUACAACAGCCAGAUCCCUUUGGACUGUAUCGCCUCAGACCCAACUUCAACAACACUCUACGGCAUCGCCACUGGAUGGAGCUACGCCGGCAAUGUGAAGAGCUUCUUCCUCGUCAAGUCAUCCCCGAACCCUGAUCACGUCAGCCUCAACAUGUGGUCUAUGGUAUCAGAGGAGAAGGCUAUACCCUUCUCUUACUGGCGGCCAUCCUUCAGGAGCACCGAUUGUUCUGUCAGCAGUAAGGGUGUCUUUACCGCAUUUUUCAAUAAUGGUCAAUUGCUCACCCCUGGAAUUGUCAGUAUCCCUGUCGGCGUCCGAUAUGACCCCGAGACGCAAAAGUGGACCAGUAUCAAGACGUCGCCUUUGUAUGGUUGGGCCACGGAUGAUUGGACGCACACGUCUUUCUAUAUCAAUAAUGAUGGAGUCGAGUCUCUGGUACACUUGUUGACGGAUGCUGAUAGUACUGUUAUUCGGUUCGGGGUCCUUAAUGAGGCAAAGAACGUCCUUCAGCUGGCCAGUGUCUGGAAGCAGAAUUCGAAGACAGGAGAGUACGAGUCCGGCGGCAUGCUCGACGCGAAGCGCGGGGAUAGGGCCGGUUAUGCAGAACCAUACAUAAACCUCGGAGCGUUCGGAAAGCCUCAUCAUUCACUCCAGAAGAAGAUGAUCUAUGCGAACGGCCGCCUCUACAUGAUGUACUACAACCAUCCAGAGAACGUCACCAUCGACUCGAUUCCCUUCGCAGACCCAGCCGCCCCUCCUUCCACAAACCGCCAAACUUUUAAAGGACCCGAUAACUUCAGACCUAAAUAUUUUUUUGCUGGAAUUCGAGGCAAUACUACUUUCCUGGGAGGCCUAGGAAACUAUAAUGGAACCAAGCUGGCCGGGGAGUAUAGCUCGUUUACCAUGGACUUACUGGACGGAAUCCCUCAAACUCCAGUCGUGCACACGUCCCCAUUCUAUAACCACACUACCGACGAGCACUCAAGCGAUCGAAAAACCGGAACCGUGUCAAUCCACGAGAACUUUGUGACGGUCGGUGGACAAUUGCCAGGACAGAACCCCUUUGUCGUCGGACUGGCCUCGGAGGGGAUCUAUGAGUUCUCUAUCGUUGGAGUGAACGGCACGACCACCCUUGGCUUGGUCAAUGUCAUUGUACCCGGUUUGUUUUCAGGUAUCACCCAUCAUGCCAAGAACUUGGUGGAUUACAUCUGGCAGAGGAAUUAUGAUGAAGCUAAUACCAAGGCUAAGCUGACGGGUUCGCAGAAAUUCGGGAUCGUUGUGGCCUGUUUCGUCGUGUUAUUCAUCCUCGUCAAGUAUAACAACCGUCGCAAGGCCAAGAAGCGUGCAGUCGCAGAGGCACAACAACAACAACACCAGGACCAGGAUAUAGAAUUGAGCGCAAGGAGGUCUACCAUGGGUGCUGCAGUACCGCCGACAACAACUAACCUCGCGAUGAUCGCCUACGAGGAGCGGAUCGCAAACCAGUAUUUCACUUCCGACCUUCCACCCGAGUUCGCUACCUCUGUUGACUAUUCUCAUUCCACACCCCCCGCAUACGCGCGCGACGAGAGUCAAACCCCAGAGUAUUCACAACACCCUCGCCCCAACACUGUCACCUCUCUUGGUGGUAGUGCUCAGUCGUAG